CAUAUGCUAUCUAUUAGGCACAAGAUAAUCCUUAUCCCUCUUCUCCACCUUCACCCAGCUGGCCAGCUCCUUCAGGUUGGGUAGCCUAGAUUAAGUAUUAAGAAUAUAGUAUGCAUAGUACUAUAUGAUUCUCUUGUAGUGACUGGCUGAGUGGUUUCUGUUUGACAAUAUGGUGAAGAAUGGUGGUUGUGCAUUUGACUUCAAGACCCCAAAAUCUCAUUUACUUGCUACUACAGGAAGGACUCUUUUCUUCUCUUCUCUGGUACUAGUGCUAGUAUCUAGUUACAACAGCCAUCCCUUCCUCUGUCUCACAAUAAUUUUAAGUAAAAGUUUUCUUUUUCAAACUCUCUCUCUAAUAUAUAGAUUUCCAUCUUCUGUACUUUAAAUUCUGUCUCAAAAGGUUCACUUCUCCUUUUUGGAUCAUACAAUACAAGAUAAGUUCCAGGCAAGGUGUUUGAUUCAUUGUUGAAAAGAGAUGAGGGGUGCUGCUUUUGUAGCCAUUGCUGCUACAAUUGGUAACUUUUUGCAGGGAUGGGAUAAUGCUACCAUUGCUGGAGCAAUUGUGUACAUUAAGAAUGACCUCAAUCUAGGAACUAGCGUUGAAGGUCUAGUGGUGGCUAUGUCACUGAUAGGAGCAACAGCUAUUACAACAUGCUCAGGGGCUAUAUCAGAUUGGAUUGGUCGGCGUCCAAUGCUGAUAAUGUCUUCAAUGCUUUAUUUUGUCAGUGGUUUGGUAAUGUUGUGGUCACCUAAUGUCUAUAUUUUGUGCCUAGCCAGGCUAUUAGAUGGAUUUGGAAUUGGUUUAGCCGUGACUCUUGUCCCAGUCUAUAUAUCUGAGACUGCCCCAUCUGAGAUAAGGGGAUUGUUAAAUACGUUACCACAAUUCACUGGUUCCGGGGGAAUGUUUCUAUCUUAUUGUAUGGUUUUUGGGAUGUCAUUGAUGGACUCACCAAGUUGGAGGUUGAUGCUUGGGGUUCUAUCCAUCCCUUCUCUCCUCUAUUUUGCCUUUACGGUUUUUUAUUUGCCUGAAUCUCCUCGGUGGCUUGUGAGUAAAGGAAGAAUGCUUGAAGCUAAACAGGUUCUUCAGAGAUUACGUGGCAGGGAAGAUGUUUCAGGAGAGAUGGCUUUGCUGGUUGAGGGCCUUGGCAUUGGAGGUGAAACCUCUAUAGAAGAGUACAUAAUAGGUCCAGCUGAUGAACUUGAUGAAAGUCAGGAACCCGGUGCUGAUAAAGACAAAAUCAGACUAUAUGGACCGGAAGAGGGCCUGUCUUGGGUUGCCAAGCCUGUCGCUGGACAAAGCAUUCUUAGUAUUGCCUCUCGCCCCGGAAGCAUGGUGAACCAAAGUAUGCCCCUUAUGGACCCUCUUGUGACAUUAUUUGGUAGUGUUCAUGAAAAGCUUCCCGAGACAGGGAGCACGCGUAGUAUGCUUUUUCCGAAUUUUGGAAGCAUGUUUAGUACAGCAGAGCCUCAUGCUAGAAAUGAACAAUGGGAUGAGGAGAGCUUGCAGAGAGAAGGUGAGGACUAUGCGUCAGAUGCUGCAGGAGGAGAAUCGGAUGACAAUUUGCAUAGCCCAUUAAUCUCACGUCAAACAACAAGCUUGGAAAAGGACAUGGUUCCCCCAGCUUCCCAUAUCAGUUCUCUAAGCAUGAGACGCCAUAGCACUCUUGUGCAAGAUGUUACAGAAUCAGUUGGUGGUACAGGGAUUGGAGGUGGUUGGCAGUUGGCAUGGAAAUGGUCUGAGCGAGAAGGUGAGGAUGGAAAGAAGGAAGGAGGGUUUAAAAGGAUUUAUUUGCAUGAGGAGGGAAUCCCAGGAUCUCGACGUGGCUCUCUUGUAUCACUUCCAGGUAAUGAUAUGCCCGCAGAAGGUGAGUUUAUCCAGGCAGCUGCACUAGUGAGCCAACCUGCUCUUUAUUCCAAGGAGCUUAUGGAUCAGCAUCCUGUUGGACCAGCAAUGGUUCAUCCAGCUGAAACUGCCUCAGAAGGACCAGUUUGGACUGCCCUCCUUGACCCGGGAGUCAAACGUGCUUUAUUAGUUGGGAUUGGGAUUCAGAUUCUUCAGCAGUUUUCCGGCAUUAAUGGAGUUCUCUACUACACUCCUCAAAUUCUUGAAGAGGCAGGUGUUGAAGUGCUUCUUUCAAACUUGGGCCUUGGUUCAGAUUCUGCAUCAUUUCUUAUUAGUGCAUUUACAACCUUGCUGAUGCUGCCCUGUAUAGGUGUAGCCAUGAAACUCAUGGAUAUAUCAGGCAGGAGGCGGCUGCUACUCACGACGAUCCCGGUGCUUAUAGUGUCACUGAUCAUUCUAGUUUUUAGUGAACUUGUGGAUUUGGGCACGGUUGUGAAUGCUGCCAUCUCAACUGCAUGUGUUAUUGUUUACUUCUGCUGCUUUGUGAUGGGCUAUGGACCAAUACCAAAUAUCCUCUGCUCUGAGAUCUUUCCAACAAGGGUCCGGGGGCUUUGUAUUGCAAUCUGUGCUUUGGUUUAUUGGAUCGGAGACAUCAUUGUUACUUACACACUGCCAGUGAUGCUGAGUUCUAUAGGCCUAGCGGGCAUCUUCGGGAUAUAUGCUGUUGUAUGUCUGAUAUCGUGGGUGUUUGUGUUCUUGAAAGUACCAGAGACCAAAGGAAUGCCACUUGAAGUCAUUACCGAGUUCUUUGCUGUUGGUGCAAGACAAGCUGGUGCUACAAAGAAUGAGUGAAGUCACACUGCUUUCAAUGGUGUCAAAUUCUUUUUUCUAUUUCGGCCGUUAAGCUUUCAUCAUUUUUGUUCCUUCUUGUUGCUUUGAAAAUUAGGGAUCCUCUUAUUCAAACAUUAAAAUUAUAAAAUUUUCCCACUAGAAAUUGAGUUUA